AUGUCCUCAGCAUCCACCCUCGGACCUCCCUCCUACACCGACGGCACGCCCACUCUCCCCCACCGCCUUCCCUCCCCCCACCCUCUCAUGUCCACCUCACCCACCACCUCCACCUACACCGGCAGCUACAUCGACGACGGCAUCGACCUCCUCCCCGCACCAACAGCUCGCGGUUUCGGCCUCACCAAUCCCUCCUUGUACACCCCCCGAAGCGCGCACAAGGGCACUGCACCCGCGGCGUGGAACGAGCAUGUCGCCAGAGCCGUGGCAGGGGAUGUGCGGCGCAGUUUAGCGCGAUUGAGACGUGUGGGGGACGUGCAAGUUCGAGGUCUGGAAGACGAAGCGGAGAGGGAGAGGAUGGGGGUGGUGAAGGUGCAGGCGCCGGUGAAGUGGGGCACGUUUGUUAUUCGGGGGGAGCUGGGGCGGGUGAUUGUUGUUGAUGCGGAGGGAGAGUUUGAUUCUGGGGUGCAUGGUGUUGGGGGUGAUGACGUUGCCGGGAGGAAGAGGUGGGUUAGGGUUGGGAGUGGCGUUGAGGCGCUGUCGUCGACGAGGAGAUCAGAUCGUGGCGAGGGAUGGGCGGCAAUGGUGGGAGCACAGCACGAGCAUCUCCCACCUGUCGCUGAGCCAAAACUCGCCUACAGUCACAACGAUACAGUCACGAUCUCGUCCCCGGCUUCACCAACAGCCUUUCUGAUGACACGCGGCCUGAGUGGCUGGCCUUCACGCACGGUAUCUCCCAGGGCUACGUCUCCCACCGUGCCGCACGCGAUCACCUGGGCCAGUACAUCGGUCCCUCAAACACCACCCACGAACACAAAAAGGACGUCAAGAUCUCCAGCGAACUUUCCAACCAGCGAUCGAAAUGCUGGACGCUCCAGCGACGGCAGCGAUGUAGGAUGGGGCGGCAGCAAGAGCGCACCCAAUCCCGGCUGGGGCUCUGACUCCGACUGCGACGACAAAGACGAUAAGGAAAGUUGGGACGGCUUCGAGCGGCGCAAGACGGCGAGCGAGGUCAGCGUGGUGGGGAGUGUGAGUGACCGCAGCUGGCCAGGUAGUCAGGACAGCGAGAGACUGCGCAAAAGGAGCAGACCCAACAGACCCAACAGACACGCUCAACCGAACCGGGACACCAGCCAAUCCAGCAGCAAGACCCGCCGCGAAAGGAAAUAG